AUGUUGAUAGUUCUUCGAAACCAAACCCCCCUCUCAAGACAUGAAGUUGAUUUGUUUCCUUCACCCAAGCUGCCAAAGUCUUGGCUUUGCCUGGAUGAGGACGAUCUUUCUGGGGCAGAGCCUGGCCAGGCCUACAUGCCGUUUACGCCGUGCCGGAUCCGAAAGGGCGAGUGGAACCCUCUGAGCCGGCCCUACAAGGGAGUCUCCGCAGAUAGCCGCAGGGGCGGUUAUCAGAUUACUCAUCUGCGCGACAAUAAAUUGAGUUCAAAGGCCGUCUUGCGUCGUGGCGCUGGAUCAGCUAAAUAG